AUGCUUGGUAUGCUGUGUGUAUACCAUCAUGGUGCCAUCUUGCAACCAAUUAUUUAUGUGUCUUCCCUUUUCAAGUUGUAUGCUGUUAAAUUUUGGUUAAGGACUGCCCGUUGUACCACGCAUGAUCCAGAAUUUUCCAAAUUCGACUUGUGUCAAUUAGCACCUGACAAUGCUAAUGUUCCAAGAUUAUCUGUUGUUCUGCGUCUUCUGAAGGGUCCAAUCACGUCAUGCAAGACUGGUGUAACCAUAGGAUAUGCAACCAUUCAAAGUAUGCCCUUAAUCGUUAAUACAUGGGAUUUCUGUGCUUUUAUGGCCGAUUCUAAAAGGUUUAAGUCAUUUGAACGCAUAUUUGAAUACUUCGGGCCCUACAGCAAUAUCAAUCACACAUGUCCCUAUGAUCAUGAUAUUUAUGUGACGAAUUUUACUUUAACACGUCGAGCAAUUAUGCCUUUGCCAAAUGGACGGUAUGCCAUUAAUACCACCUACAUCUUUAACAAAAAAUCUCAAAUUUCCGCUAACAUAACCUUUGAUUUUGAGAACUGA